AACGCAGAUGUGUAGAAAACAUGUUUACCCAACAGAGAAUUUAUUCUGGUAAUCAAAUUGUUACAAUAUCAAGCACGCACAACUCUGCAUCAGCAAUACAUCGUGAAUCAACUUCUUCUACGAAAAAUAUUAAAUUUAAUAAUAUUCACAAAAAAUUCUUCCUUCGUCUCUCUUCUCCGAAGAAUCCGAGAUCUCCAGCUCACUGUGUAGCUCCAAUGGCGGCGAAUAAAUGUAGCCUUGCCGCCGCCGAUGCUCCGUCAAUUACUCACGUUGUUUUCGACAUGGACGGACUCUUACUCGAUACAGAGAAAUUGUACGGUGAAGUCCAGGAGAAUAUUCUAGCUAGGUACAAUAAAACAUUUGAGUGGUCUCUCAAGGCUAAAAUGAUGGGGAUGAAGGCAAUCGAAGCUGCUCGACUUUUUGUUGAAGAAACCGGACUCAAUGGUUUACUCUCACCCGAAGAAUUUCUUGUUGAAAGAGAAGAUAUGCUGCGGACUAUGUUCCCGGCAUGUGAACUCAUGCCAGGGGCCAGUCGUUUGAUUCAGCACCUCCAUGCGAAUGGAAUACCUAUUUGUGUCGCAACAAGCUCCCACACGAGGCAUUUUCAAUUGAAAACGCAAAAACACGGCGAACUUUUCUCACUCAUGCAUCAUAUUGUACGUGGCGAUGAUCCAGAAGUUAAACAAGGGAAGCCUUCGCCAGAUGUAUUCCUUGUAGCCGCCAAAAGAUUCGAGGGCGGACCAGUUGAUCCAAAAAAGAUACUCGUUUUCGAAGAUGCGCCAGCUGGCGUCCUAGCAGCUAAGAAUGCUGGCAUGUCAGCGAUCAUGGUUCCAGAUCCAAGGUUGGAUAGCUCAUAUCAUGAAACUGCCGAUCAGGUUAUAAGCUCCCUUUUGGACUUCAAUCCAAGUGAGUGGGGCCUACCUCCUUUCGAUAAACCAGCAAGUUAAUCAUCAUGCGUUGAUUGAUUUUUGUUGCGAUUACAAGUUCGUUAUUAUUAAAAUUAAAAUUAGAUAAUACUAUUGGAGGAAAGUUGUCUUGGAUAAGAAUUUUUGUUUGUGCCAAGACCCUUUUUUUUCCUCGAAAUUCCUUCGUUACUAUCUAUUUAUUCAUGGAUUUCGAACACAAAUGUUGGAUUUGAGUUUGACCAUUUGCUUUAUAUCAUUGACUUCAUGGUUUGGAUUUAUUAUUA